CCAGUCUUCAGUUGCUAGCUGGACUGCACGGCGAGAGGUUGUGUGUCUUGCUGCUGUCUUUAAGGACCUUGUUAUACACCCAAGACGAUGGUGGUGUGGUUGGUGAUGGUGGUAGUGGUGGUGGUGGCCGUGUGUGGUGGUGGUGUCCAGGCCGGCUCCUGCCCCAAGUACCCCAUUAUCCGCGACUUUGACUUCCACAGGUACAUGGGCCUGUGGUACCAGCAAGACAAGCGACAAGCGUCCUGGGAGGCGCCUGGAAGGUGCUGGAAGACCCUUUACUCCAGGGACCGCAAGAACGGCAUGUUUAAGAUGAAGAUGAUCUUCAAGUCUACCAUCACUGGACGAGUAGAGGAAUACGACUCCCAGCUGACCUUACAAGGCCCAGCCAAGCCCUCGCUCAUAAAGUACACUAUUCCUCUUACUUUUAUGGAGGACGAGUUCCAGGUGCUGGCCACCGACUACGAGAGCUUCUCACUCGAGUACAAGUGUGACCCCAACGGUCUACUGGAGAAGACUGAAUCCAUCUGGCUGCUGACACGUGAAAAGAACCCAUCGCCGCUAGUGCUACAGAGGGCAUACGCCAUCAUGCAUCACCUGGGUGUCGACAUCCGCAAGCUGGAGCGAGUUGACCAGACCUGCGGAGGCAUUGACAUUGACUUUGCACCCACACCCUAUGACUACGACUACUACAAUGCCAGCCCCCAGCCAGCUGACAACAGGCGGAAUCACCAGCCUCAACAACAAGAAUAUUACCAGUAUGAUGACUACUACACGCAAGAAUACCAGCCCAGCAGCUCCCAAGCUCAGACCCAACUCCAGUCCAGCCAGCUCAUCCAAUCCACUAAGCCCAUCCAGUCUGCCCAACCUGUCCAGUUAGGACAGUCUGCAGAGUCUCCAUCUAACCACUUCGCCGUGUCUUAUCCUCCUCAACACACUGACAGCAAUGUUCGUCGCAGAACUCGCCCCAACAGGUAUAACCCUCCUCUCUCUAGCUCUGCACAUGACUAUGAGCCUCUCUCGCCUCCUACUGACAGCGACUCUGGCUACUACGGGCCUGAUGGCAGGUAAAUAACGAAACCCAAUGUGAAGCGUCAGUCCAUUCCCACUGACGAACGCAUCACCCUUGGACAGUCCCUGGCCACCCGCCUCUGGCAUGUCCUCCACUCCCGUGUCCGCUAGUCAUCAGCCAUUAAUGACUUGUGACCAACUUUGAACAUCGACAACCAUGAUGAACAUUGAACAUCGACUGUGACACAUGCUGCCAGUCUCAUCUUUGUAACCUCUGCCAGAUUCACAAAGCAGUUACGCCAGCACUUACGAACCUGUCCAUCUUUUCUCAAUCUUUGGCGACUUUGUUUACAAUUAUUAAACAGUUAAUGAGCU